UCCGAGGCAAUCGUAUUUCAUGAGAAAAGUGAGAAUUGAGAAAAGUGUUUUUUAUCAAAUUUUAAACCGCUCAGUGUACGACCACCUAUCGCCUGAUUCGAGGGAUUACUGUACCAACAAAAUUUUAAACAUAAAUUCCCAUAGCAACCAUCCAAACUAGGUACGUUAACCGGCGAACACUACAUUCUCGCGUAGUUAAAUCGAUAUUUUUCCGACCUCCGUCAAAUGAGAAAAGAAAUUUUCACCAUUCUGCUGAACACUCGCGGAAAGUGAAAUGCCCGGAAAAGGCAAGAAAAAAGCACCGGCAGCUAAGGCCGGCGGAAGAGAUUCGGCCGAUAAGGGAUCGGCUGCCGGCGGCGGCGGUGGCGGAGCAGGCGACGACGAUGAAGUCGACGAAGAGGAAGCGGAGGUGAAACCGAAAAAGGGCAAAGGAAAAAAGGGAAAAGGAAAAGGAGGAAAAUCUUCCAAAUUCCAGGGUGAUUUGUUCAGCGAGGCCGCUAUGGAGAAUGCCUAUUACGUUUGUCAUAACAUUCAGGAUGUUUUAAAAUCUCGCGGUUUUGCUUGGCCUGAUGGUCAAAAGAAGAAAAAGAAAGGAAAGAAAUAAGCCGGAACUCUUCUAUCGCGUUUCGAUUCGAACAGUUAAUAACUAGUGUAAAACAUGUAGUCUACCCGAAGGCGCAAAGCAGCAGCUGAACAUAUCAAGGUAACGGAACUAGUUUUGGUCCGAGUAGCUAAUUUUCGCCACACUAGUGGAUCACGAUCGAGUGUUUUAUUAUC